UAACGAAAAGCAAAAUGCAGAGUUUUUCUGCUGCGUAACGCACGGUCGACAAAAAGGGGGCGCUUCCUUUCCACCGCACUAGAGGAAGGCAGGCCGCCCGCUGCUUGCUCUUCUCGGGGAGAGGAGAGGAGAGGGUUGUGCAUCAAACAACGGGGAGAGGAGGGGGCGCUUCUCACUUCUCGGAUCUGCUGCGCUCGCUGCUCAGAUCGCACGCCGGAAGCAGCGAGUUGAGGGGAAGAGGGCACUGAUCAUAGCUAUAAUUUAUUUGAGCCUCAAGCUGUAAUAAGGCUCCAAUGGCUGCAUCUGAGGAGAACAGCUCUUUGUUCUCGAUCUUUAUACUCACAAUCAUGGCAAUACCUAUAGUGCCUUAUACAAUCCUCAGGCUGUGUCGUGCUUGUACUAAGAAAACAAAGAGUAUUCAUUGCCAGUGCAACGUAUGUUCCCAUUCAGGGAAGUACCAAAAAUCCAUUUUCAAACGUAUAUCAAACUUUUCAACUUGUAGCAAUCUGACACUUUUGCUGCUUUGGGUUGUCAUGGGGAUCCUAGUUUAUUACAUCAAACAUAUAAGCCGCGAGAUUCAACCAUUUGAACCAUUUAGCAUUCUGGGAUUAGAGCCUGGAGCUUUAGAUUCAGAGAUAAAGAAAGCAUACCGAAGGUUGUCAAUUCUGUAUCAUCCAGAUAAAAAUCCUGAUCCAGAGGCCCAUAAAUAUUUUGUGGAUUUCAUAUCCAAGGCAUACCAAGCAUUGACCGAUCCUCUUUCUCGUGAAAAUUUUGAGAAAUAUGGUCACCCAGAUGGAAGACAGGGGCUUCAAAUGGGGAUUGCUCUACCUCAGUUCUUACUUAAUUUUGAUGGGGCAUCUGGUGGUGUACUAUUGCUUAGCAUUGUUGGAGUUUGUAUAUUGUUGCCUUUAUUAAUAGCAGUUAUAUAUCUCUCAAGGUCAUCAAAAUAUACUGGAAAUUAUGUUAUGCAUCAAACUUUGUCCACAUACUACUAUUUCAUGAAACCUUCUUUGGCUCCAAGCAAGGUUAUGGAUGUCUUCAUCAAAGCCGCUGAGUAUUUGGAAAUUCCAGUUCGCAGAAGUGAUGAUGAACCCCUUCAGAAACUGUUUCUUGCUGUUAGAAGUGAAUUGAAUCUUGACCUUAAAAACAUCAAGACUGAGCAAGCAAAGUUUUGGAAGCAACAUCCAUCCCUGGUUAAGAUGGAAUUACUGAUACAAGCUCACUUGACUCGUGAAUCAACCAUGCUAUCUUCGUCACUACUGAAUGAUUACAGACGAAUGCUAGAACUUGCACCUCGUCUCCUUGAAGAGCUGGUGAAGAUUGCUGUAAUGCCACGUAGCCCUCAUGGACAUGGAUGGCUGAGGCCAGCGACUGGAAUUGUUGAGCUUUCUCAAUGUAUCAUCCAGGCUGUGCCUCUAAGCGCAAGGAAAGCAACUGGGGGCUACCCUGAAGGCCUUGCACCAUUUUUGCAACUUCCAUAUUUUAGUGAAUCUACUGUCAAAAAAAUUGCCCGAAAGAAAGUGCGGACAUUCCAAGAACUACAAGACAUGACUAUUAAUGAUCGCGUGGAGUUGCUGACUCAGAUUGCUGGACUUUCUGAUAUUGAAGCACGCGAUGUUGAGUAUGUGCUUGAAAUGAUUCCAUCAAUUGAAGUGGACAUUACUUGUGAGACUGAAGGGGAAGAAGGCAUACAAGAGGGAGACAUUGUUACAAUGUAUGCUUGGGUAACUCUUAAGCGUGCUAAUGGCCUGAUAGGUGCCCUUCCGCAUGCUCCCUAUUACCCAUUUCACAAGGAGGAGAACUUUUGGUUGUUGCUCGCUGAUCCAGUUGGAAACGAUGUUUGGAUAUCACAGAAGGUGAGCUUCAUGGAUGAGGCUGCUGCUAUUGCCGGGGCAUCAAAAGCAAUUCAAGAAACAAGAGAGAGUCUUGGUGCGAGUGUGAAGGAAAUCAAUGCUGCAGUGAAAGAAGCUGUUGUGAAGGUCAAGAGUGGGUCUAGACUUGUGAUGGGCAAAUUUCAGGCCCCUCCUGAAGGAAGCUACAAUCUGACCUGUUUCUGUUUGUCUGAUACAUGGCUGGGAUGUGAUAGAAAGACUAGUAUAAAAUUGAAAAUCCUGAAGCGAAAUCGAGCAGGUACACGGGGCCACAUUGUGGAGGAAGGACCAACAGCAGAUGAAGGGAUUGAAGAAGAGGAAGAAGAGGAGGAAGAAGAGUACGACGAUUAUGAGAGUGAGUACAGUGAUGACUUGGAUGAUGAGAAAGAUAAGAAAGGAAAGAAGGCAAAUGGUGCCGCCAAUAAGAAAGAAGAGUCGAGCACUGAAGCUUCAGGCAGUGAUGAUGAAUGAAGAAAUGAUAUCCUACCCAGUUCUUUCCUCGCCUAUUUGAUUUAAUUGGGUGUUCUUCCAAAGUUGAACAAUUCUCCGCCUGAAUUUUUCUAACAUCAAUGCUCUGCGUUCACUUUUCAUACUCAUUUUGAAUAAUAAUCAUGCUGUUAAUUAUUCGCCCUAGCACUCAAAAAGCCGUGGAAGCCCAUGUUAAACUGCACCACAAGGCAAUUGAAUCAAGCCAGCAAAUUACCAAAUGCCAAUGCUUCUGGACAAUUUUGAUCUUCACAGGUAUGGCAGUAGUGAUUAUGUAUGAAGUGAUCAUUAUGAAUUAUAAAACGCUAAUUAAGGUACGGCAGUGUUAGUUUCCAUAUGCAUGCAAAUGAGAGAGACCUUAAACCGGGUUGAAUCGAACACUAAUAUGGCAGAAAACACAACUGCUCCAGAAUGACUUUUAUAUAAAAUAUUUUUCUAGCCUAUCUA